AUGGGUCAAGCGAAGAGUCAGUUUACGGAUGAAGAACUUCAGGAUUAUGAAGAUUUGACGUUUUUUACGAAAAAGGAAAUUUUACUUGCUCAUAAAAAGUUUAAAGCAUUGGCACCGGAAAAAGUUGGACACAAUAAAAAUGCUAAACUGUCAAUGGCAAAAGUAUUGACUUAUCCAGAACUGAAGGUGAAUCCAUUUGGUGAUCAAAUUUGUAAAGUGUUCAGCUCCAGCAAUGACGGAGACUGUACAUUCGAAGAUUUCCUUGACAUGAUGUCCGUUUUUAGCGAUGCUGCGCCAAGAAGUGUUAAGGCUGAACACGCGUUCAGGAUCUUUGACUUUGAUGGAGAUGAUAUGUUGGGAGUUAGUGACCUGAAGCAGGUCAUUGAAAGAUUAAUUGGGCCUCAAAACACACUGUCGGAAAACGAUAUGAAACAGUUGAUUCAAAAUAUAUUGGCCGAAGCGGACUUGGAUGACGAUCAUGCACUCUCCUUUCCCGAAUUCGAACACAUCAUCGAUAAGUCUUCCGAUUUUAUAAACUCAUUUCGAAUGCGUUUAUAAACAUAUUCUGGCCUAAUUAUUUAUCUGUUACCUUUUUUCCCAUUUCCGACGACUUAAAUUCAGUAUUAGACUUGAGCAAAUUAUGCACAACAUAAUUCUAAGACUUUGGCAGACUUGAUCCCUUUGUUUUAUUACGUGAAUAGCGUUUUGUGAUUUUACAUUAUUAUUACUUUAUACCAUAAGCUUGACACAUUGCAUACAUUUUACCAAUAUUGAUACCAAAUACGAAUAAAAUAAAAUCGAAACCAAUUUCGACUUAAUGCA